AUGAUAAACAUGCUCACUAGCUUUCUUUCAGAGCGAACGUUCCAGGUAAACGUCGAUGGGCAUUUAUCGCGCAAGCUGCCGCUGGAAAAUGGUGUACCACAGGGUUCUGUGCUCUCGGUUACCCUAUUCCUCGUAGCAAUCCAACCUAUCUUCCGGGUGGUUCCGAAUACCGUGACAGUGCUAUUGUACGCCGAUGACAUCCUUCUUGUAGUGCGGGGCAAAAAAGAACAACCACUCUAUCGGAAACUACAGUCAGCAGUAAAAGCCGUUCAUAGAUGGGCGAAAAGUGUUGGAUUCACGAUAUCAGCAACAAAAUCCAGCAUCUUUUACUGUAGCCCGAAUGCCCGCCGUGAGCCCACGCAAUCCAUCAGGAUAGAUACAGUAGCUAUACCAUCACAAAAUCAACUGAAAACCCUCGGUAUCACUCUCGACAGAUCGCUGAACUUCAAAGCGCAUUGCAAGCUAACGAAGAAGGCAUGUGAAUCCAGGCUGCGUAUCCUGAAAAUGAUCGGAGCAAAGCUACCACGUGGUCAACGGACUUCUUUGUUACAAAUCGGCUCCGCCAUUGUCACUUCGCGACUAUUGUAUGGGAUGGGACUCGUUAGUCGGGGCGGAGAUGUCGUCACCAAAACUCUCGCGCCCGCCUACAACAGAAUGGUAAGAUUUGCAUCUGGUGCAUUCGUUACAAGUCCGAUCUUAGCCAUCAUGGCCGAAGCAGGCACCUUACCAUUUGAUCUCCUCGUUCUCCAAAGCAUAACCCGAUUGUCCAUCCGUUUGUUGGAAAAAAGCAGAGAUAAUGCGGAUCUCCCACUAGUACGUCGAGCUUCCGAAGAACUGUCAGAGGUGAUCGGAAUGCCCUUACCAAAUAUUUGUACUCGAACGCGACUAGCCACCCGAAAGUGGUACGAGCCCAAGCCCCACGUCGUGUGGGAUAUCAAAAGAAGUGUGAAUGCCGGAGAUCCCUCUGAGGUGGUCCGUCCUGUCGUUCAGGAGCUCCUGAAUGCUCGCUUCAGCAACUCAACGGUUGUGUAUACUGACGGAUCGAAAGACAACGACGCAGUAGGCGCGGGAAUGUUUGGAGAACAUCUCCAGCAGUCGACUGGUCUUCCGCCACAGUGCAGCGUGUUCUCAGCCGAGGCGUUUGCAAUUAAAACAGCGGUAACUUCGUACUACACUUCCAACGAUCUGCUAAUAAUGACAGACUCAGCCAGUUGUUUAUCGGCAAUUGAAGCUGGCACGUCCCAGCAUCCGUGGAUCCAAGAGAUUGAAACCAUGAUACGACAUCGUCCAAUCAAUCUGUGCUGGAUUCCAGGACACGCUGGAAUUCGCGGGAAUGAAGAGGCAGACCGCCUCGCACGAGAAGCCAGGGGUAAUGCCCCUUUGCAAAUAGCCAUUCCGGGAGCAGACGCCAACAAUCAGGCAAAAUCAGCUAUCCGAAAUCACUGGUACCGUCGAUGGUCUGCAUCCACUGAAGUGAAGCUUCGCGAAAUAAAAUUCGAUACGGUAAAGUGGACUGACCGCGAGAGUUCGGCUGAUCAACGAGUGCUCACCCGGUUGCGAAUAGGGCAUACCCGGUUGACGCACGACUUCCUUUUGAAGAGAGAAACCCCACCAGUUUGCGACUGCUGCGGGGUAACCGUAGAUGUACGUCAUAUAAUUCUUCAGUGCCGAAAACACGACGAUGCUAGAAGGAUGCACAACAUCGAUUCGACCAGCCUGCGAGUGAUUCUAGGCAACGACGGGGACACCGAAGACAAACUGCUAAGCUUCCUCAAGGAAACUAAUUUGUACAAACGAAUAUAA